CUUUCGCUCUUGCUCAGAAUCGAGCACAUGUAGACAUAGGGAGAGGGGGGAUGAACGAGGUGUACACAUGUGAGGUUUUCCUAAACUGCCGGGGCGAGGCAGGACUGGUGAAGAGAGAAGCAGAGGAGGAGGAAUAGAGGAAUACUGCAGUGACCAGCCAGCUUCUCUCUCUCUCACUCUCUUUCUCGCUGCUUCACUGCUUUCAUCACCCUUUCUUCUUCAUCCCCUUCUCUUCCCCUCUGCCAAUUAUACCAUGAACCUGCCUGCUGCUUGUUGCUAAGGGGGAGCUAACCGGGGGAGCAGAGUGGACCAGGCAUUAUUUUGUUUCUAAGGACUGAGUGAAAAUGGCGGAGGGGUCCAGAGACCAGGGAGGUGUGGGCACCACUGAUCCAGAGGAGGACUCCCCCAACAUGAUUGUCUACAGAAAAAUAGAAGACAUUGUUACACGAAUACAAGAUGAGAAAGCAGGAGGUGUAGCCAUUCGGACUGUCAAAAGCUUCCUCUCUAAGAUCCCCAGUGUGGUGUCAGGGGCGGACAUUGUUCAGUGGCUGAUGAAAAACCUUUUUAUUGAGGAUCCAGCUGAAGCCAUCCACCUUGGGAGUCUGAUCGCUGCCCACGGCUACAUCUUCCCCAUCUCUGACCAUGUCCUGACACUUAAAGAUGACGGAACCCUUUAUCGCUUUCAGUCUCCCUACUUCUGGCCUUCAAACUGUUGGGAGCCUGAGAACACAGACUACGCCAUUUACCUGUGCAAGCGCACCAUGCAGAAUAAGGCCAGGCUUGAGCUAGCUGACUAUGAGGCUGAAAACCUUGCCCGGCUGCAGAGGGCUUUUGCCAGGAAGUGGGAAUUUAUCUUCAUGCAAGCUGAAGCUCAAGUCAAAAUUGACAGGAAGAAGGACAAGGCAGAGAGGAAGAUCCUGGACAGCCAGGAGAGGGCAUUCUGGGACGUCCAUCGGCCAGUGCCAGGCUGUGUCAACACCACAGAGAUGGACAUUCGCAAGUGCCGGAGAGAGAGGAACCCACACAGGGUAAAAAAGUCGGUCUACGGGGUUCCAGAUGACGGCCAGACCCAGCCGAGCCCCGUCCACAUCAGCUCCCAGCCGACCAGGAAGGCCACCAAAGAAGACGUUCAGAAGGAGAUUACCUUCCUGAACAUUCAGCUGGACAGACACUGUAUGAAGGUUUCCAAAGUGGCCGACAGUCUAAUGAGCUACACGGACCAGUUUGUGGAAUAUGACCCUUUUGUGUCGGCCACAGAGCCUUCCAACCCUUGGAUCAGUGAUGACACUUCCUUCUGGGACUUGGAGGGAAGUCGUGACCCCAGCCAGCAGCGUGUGAAGAAAUGGGGCUUCUCUCUGGAGGAGGCGCUGAAAGAUCCGGCGGGAAGAGACCAGUUCCUGAAGUUCCUGGAGUCAGAGUUCAGCUCAGAGAACCUGCGGUUCUGGUUAGCAGUGCAGGAUCUGAAGCGGCGGCCUCUCCAGGAAGUGUCCUCCAGGGCGCAGGAGAUCUGGCAGGAGUUUCUGGCCGAGGGAGCGCCGAGCUCCAUCAACCUGGACUCUCACAGCUACGAACGCACCAGCCAGAACCUCAAAGACCCCGCACGAUACAGCUACGAGGACGCUCAGGAGCACAUAUUCAAGCUAAUGAAAAGUGACAGCUAUGCACGCUUUUUGCGAUCCAACAUCUACCAAGAUCUCCUGUUAGCCAGAAAGAAGCAGCCAGCAGACACUGAACAGGGCCGCCGCACCUCCUUGGAGAAGUUCACCCGCAGUGUGGGCAAGUCAUUGACGGGAAAGCGCCUGACAGGUCUGAUGCAGUCAUCCUGACACAGCCUGUGCUGGAGGGGCACAGCCAGACCCUGUUGGAGAGGUGACCGCCACACAGGGGCGGGGGCUGGGUCACAGACAGUGGAGCUGGGCUGGACAUGGCUGCUGUGGAUGCUCUCAUACACUGCUGCCACACUGCUACUGCAGCACUGGGCCUGCCGGGGCAAACGCCCCAAACUGAACCACUGAGGAAAUACUGACGAGGGAACCUCAGCCAACACACCACAUGGCAUGCAGCAUACAGUAUAAGCACAUUCAGACUAGGGCUGGCCUCUUUUCAUCACUUAGUUGGCAAACUGGUUGUUAGGCUCUUUUUUGGCUAUGCUGACCAGUUUAUAUUGUUUUCAUUUUGUUUUUUAUACAUGUUUAUUGGAUGUUAAAGCACAUCUGUGGUGUCGCAACAACAUUCUUUGAUAAAAACUAAGUUUAAAAGCUAUUUGCCACAACAUUUGCAACAAAUUAACUUUUGAUUUAGUUGUCCUAAAACAGUUGGGGUCAAAGAGGCACAUCAACACAGACACAAAUCAGCAUUCUAUUUUGCAUAUGUCUCUUUACUGACAAGGCAGCCAGCAAUAAAUAAAGUGUGAGACCACUUUUUUCUUUCUUUAAAAAAAUAAAAAAAUACAAAUAUCCUUAAAAUUUCUAUAACAUCUGUUCCUCAUAAAGCACAUGACAUGUCAGUUAUAUAGUGGGCAUAAUUUUGGCAGUAAUGAAGAAUAUACAAAGUAGUUGUUGUUUGCCAUAUGUUAAAUUGAUUUUUGAAGGUAUAACUUUUCAGGCUUCAUUACAUUCCAAAAUCUGGCAUAAGGGCUUAAUGUAGCAUUCACACUGCACUGUUGCAUUCAAAUGUCUUUUGAUUCAUUAAUCCAGUUGGCAUAUUUGGUUUACUGAACUUCCUGGCUUAAAGUUCUAAAUGUUUAGGCUACACAGUCAACUUAGGAAUUCCAAAGUAUGUGUGAAUAAAUGAGAAGCUUAGAAAAACGUGGCCCACAUGGUAGUGUAAAUCACAGUGAUUUGAGCUUUUACUUUAGUCCUUGUUCUAGUUUGCACAGUCACAUGUGUAAUAGCGUCCACAUGCUUUUCGGGGCUCCUACCAUAGUGUAGUUUUUAAGGUUUCCAGUGCCAUGGGUCCAUCUAGUGGUGGUUCAACCACAGGACCAGCAACCAUGUGAUACAAGACUGUAUUAAACUAGGUUCACAUAUCACAGGACAUCAUGAUGUCAAACCUAGUUCUCUGAUCAUGGAGAUAUUAAGGCCUGCCGCCCAAUAUGGGAUAACUUAUGUUUUGUUGCUUUUUUACUGCAUGAAUAUCUCAUCUUUGGUUUUAUCAAAACAAUUAAACCUGCCCAUGUUUGUUUGGCAAAAUGUAUGCUGUGACUCUCCAUCUAAUAAUCAUAUUGUGUUUAAUGACUAUGGGGAAAAUGGUGCAUGUUAUUGGACCAUAAGGGAGUUGGGGGAAGAUUUGGCUCUCCAAAGACAGCACACAGACGAGGAAAAGCACUGGAGCAACACUCCUCAGUGAAUGGACAUCAAAGCCCUUAAAUGCAACUGAGAACAAUAUUUGACCUGUAAUGGGCACCGCUCACUGAACAUUAGGCAUCUGUGCUCCACUGUGGCUUCAGACCUCUUCUACAGACAGAAGGUGCUUGGACAGACAGCUCCCCCAUGAUCCCAGGGACUGCUACAGUGGCAGACUGCUGAAUGAGUGAAUAGCCUAUUAUUUCCUGUUAGUCAUUGUAAUGCACCAUACAGGUCAUAUUAAUAGUUGUCAUAAACCAAUAACCUCUUGAUUAUAAGGUAGAGAGAGAUGCUUGAGUUGAUGUACCAAAUGUUAUUCUCAGCACAAACACAAUGACACUAUGUACAGGGUGCAUUGUAGAUGUAAAUUGGCUAAAUUUCAUUAUCCAAAAGCACACUUUAUUAUGAUAUGGGCACAUUACUAUGCAUGUAACAUAUUCAGGGCAUUUUUAGCUUUUAGUUUCUCAAUCAGCAAGAUGACUACUGGCACUCUAAAACACUCAAAUACCUGCUAUCUAUUCAUGGGUACCCAAUAAUAAUAAUAAAAAAAACUCUGGACCUGUC